AUGACUCGAACUAUCAUACUCGACUAUAUUAACGGCAUCUCCGUGGAAAACGCCCGCUUAGGGCGCCUUGUCUUAAACAUUCGCCACCCACACCAGGAUUAUUAUGAUCCUUCAUCAAGUACUGCUGCCUCGUCAGUAACAAAGAUCAAAUCCUAUGAAAACUUCCGCGAUGGCCUCAAUUCCACCUCUCUUGUCGCUAAACUCGCUGCAUUCUUGAACGCAGGGUUCACGUAUAAGCACAAAGGUACCAAGGAUAUCUCAGCUGUAGAUGUUACAACCACAUCGCUGCAUAAUUCCGGUACCUGGUUUGAGGAAGCCUGCGUCGACGCAAAAGCCCGACAAUGGAUGGAAAGGGCAAUAAAGAGAGGUCGUUCCAUAUACCUGAUUGUGGGCCACUGUGUACUCACAGACGCUCAAUCGAACUUUACGCAGUGCAAGGACUUUACUACUUCGGCGAACCCUCUAAUCCCCGCACUGUCAGUCCCUGGGAGCCUCGUAGAUAUUCGUGCAGAGGCAUCCCAGCAAAAUAUAUACAACGAGAAGCUUAGUGUGCACUUUCCCGGCCAAGUCGUCUGUGCGGUACAAUACCGCAAGCUGGUGUUUAGCUGGUUUUCUUGCAAAACGCUUGGGAAUGCACAAUUGGAGCCUGACAAUAGAUGGAUUGUAGGAGCAGCAUUUCGAGGUGAAGAUGGUGUUGGCGAGAAAUACGUUCUCGAAGUGGCACUUAAUGAUGAUGAGAAUAAUGAAGAGGGUGAUUCUGAAGGAUCUGAAGAAUCUGAGGAAAGUGAAGAUGAAUAA